UCUAUUGAAGAACAAAAAGUGAAUUUCAACCAUACAUCAAAAAGUAUAAAAAUAUAUUAUUAGGAGAAAAUAAAUAUAAAAAAAAUCCGGUGGCUGAGAAAAUUUAACGGUAAUGUAAUAACACUCUGCAACAGUAUCUUCUUCCUCCACACUGACACAUUUCGUCGAACACCUUUCGCUAAUGUCAGUGAGCAAACUUCCUCAUCUCUCCCAUGGCGUUCACACUAUCAACUUCCUCAAUUUCACCAACGAACCAGUGUUUUUAAGUGUAUUGCUCCCAUGUCCCUCUCGGAUUCGAGUAUUCUCGACCAUUUCCACCACCGGGAUCGGCGGCGCUGGGGUCGCCAAGUGCCACGGAACGAGACAUAGCGGCGCCGGUAGAGGUGAUAACGGGUUGAGGAGCGAUAGUGGAUUAGGUUUCGACGAGAGAGGGGAGAGAAAAGUGCGUUGUGAGGUUGAUGUGAUCUCUUGGAGAGAACGGAGGAUAAGAGGCGAAAUCUGGGUCGAUUCUGAUUCUCAAUCUGUUUGGAAUGUUCUCACUGAUUAUGAACGACUUGCUGAUUUCAUACCCAAUCUCGUUUGGAGUGGAAGAAUUCCUUGUCCACAUCCAGGACGUAUAUGGCUGGAGCAACGAGGCCUUCAAAGAGCCUUGUAUUGGCAUAUCGAGGCUCGUGUUGUCCUUGAUCUCCAUGAGUGUCUAGAUUCUCCAAAUGGCCGUGAGCUUCACUUUUCUAUGGUAGAUGGUGAUUUCAAAAAGUUUGAGGGAAAGUGGUCUGUGAAAUCUGGUAUCAGGUCCAUAGGAACUGUCUUGUCAUACGAAGUAAACGUGAUCCCCAGAUUUAACUUCCCUGCCAUUUUCUUAGAGAGGAUAAUCAGAUCAGAUCUUCCUGUAAAUCUCCGGGCCGUAGCUCGCCAAGCUGAGAAAAUUUAUAAAGAUUGCGGAAAGCCGUCAAUAAUAGAAGAUUUGUUGGGUAGAAUAUCUUCACAGCCAGCCCCUUCUCGUGGUGUUGAGUUCGAAAGUCUUGCUACUGAGAGAUCUGUUGCCUCCAGUGUUGGAUCAUUAGCUCAUUCAAAUGAAUUGAACAACAAUUGGGGAGUGUAUGGAAAAGUCUGCAAGCUUGAUAAACCUUGCACCGUGGAUGAAGUUCAUCUUCGUAGAUUUGAUGGUCUAUUGGAAAAUGGAGGUGUUCACCGUUGCGCCGUUGCUAGUAUAACAGUUAAGGCUCCUGUUUGUGAAGUUUGGAAAGUUCUAACUUCUUACGAGAGUCUUCCAGAGAUAGUUCCAAAUUUGGCAAUCAGCAAGAUUUUGUCACGCGAUAACAAUAAGGUCCGAAUACUCCAGGAAGGAUGCAAAGGCCUGCUUUACAUGGUGCUUCAUGCGAGAGCUGUUCUUGAUUUGCAUGAGAUUCGCGAGCAGGAAAUCAGAUUUGAGCAGGUUGAAGGAGACUUUGACUCGCUAGAGGGGAAAUGGAUUUUUGAACAAUUAGGAAGUCACCAUACACUUCUCAAGUAUACCGUGGAGUCCAAAAUGCGAAAAGAUUCAUUUCUUUCUGAAGCAAUCAUGGAAGAGGUUAUAUAUGAAGAUCUUCCGUCAAAUUUAUGCGCUAUUCGGGAUUACAUUGAGAAAAGAGGAGAGAAAUCUUCAGAGUCAUGUAAACUGGAGACAUGUGAAGUUUCAGAGGAAACAUGUUCUUCAUCUCGUGCCACAACAGUUGAGACAGUUUACAAUAAUGAUGAUGGUUCGGACCGAACUAAGCAGAGACGGAGGAUUCCCGGUCUGCAAAGAGACAUUGAAGUAUUGAAAUCAGAGAUUCUCAAGUUCAUAUCAGAACAUGGACAAGAAGGAUUCAUGCCCAUGAGGAAGCAGCUUCGGUUACACGGAAGAGUUGACAUUGAAAAAGCCAUUACAAGAAUGGGUGGAUUUAGGAGAAUAGCUUUGAUGAUGAAUCUUUCACUUGCUUAUAAACACCGAAAACCGAAAGGAUAUUGGGACAAUCUUGAAAACUUGCAGGAGGAGAUAGGAAGAUUUCAACAGAGUUGGGGAAUGGAUCCAUCAUUUAUGCCGAGCAGAAAAACGUUCGAACGCGCAGGUCGUUAUGACAUUGCGCGGGCGCUGGAGAAAUGGGGAGGAUUACACGAAGUGUCUCGUCUUCUAGCAUUGAACGUGAGACAUCCGAACAGACAGGUAAAUUCUCGUAAAGACAACGGUAACACGAUACUGAGAACUGAAUCUACUGAGGCCGAUUUAAAUUCAGCGGUUAAUAAGAAAAAUGAACCUUACGUCUCUCAAGAUACAGAGAAAUGGUUGUAUAAUCUUAAAGAUCUUGAUAUCAAUUGGGUUCAAUAUUAAAGCAUUAAUUAUGUACAUUUCAAUAUUUGUGCAGUCUUGUAAUUCGCAAAGAUAAACAUGUAUUUAUGUAAAUUGCAACAUUAGAUUGAAAUAAUCUUGAUCUCUUUUUAACUUUC